UGGCAUGAACGUGAUGAUAAAGUUCAUGUUCGCUUUGUAUUACAAAAAGUCUUUGAAGCUCAUCGUGAAGUCUUUCUACGACGACUGGCACGGUGCAAAAACGAAAGAGGAAGAAGAGGAGAUGCUGAAAAUGGCUAAACCUGCCAAAUUAAUCUCUGUGUGGUGUUCGUCAUUAAGCCUCACGAUGACAACUCUAUAUCUAGGUCUUCGAGCAGUUACUGUUUGUCUGACUGAUAAAGCAAACGUGAGCCAGGAUCGUUUGAGCUUGUAUCCCGGAUAUUUCCCUUUUGAUAUUCGACCAGUACCGACAUUGAUAAUGGUCAAUUUUGCUCAAGUGAUCGUGGCAUACUCAGGAGCUAUUUGUUACACUACGCUCGAUACCUUCAUUACGAUGCUGAUCAUGCACAUAUGUGGACAAUUCGCGAUUCUAAGAAAGAAAUUAUUAAAGUUAAUGGGCGACACGGAAAAAAGUAAAAGCAUGGAGUUUCAAAAGGAGCUGUCCUUGAUUGUCACCAGGCACGAGAAACUAAACGGGCUAGCAGGAAAGAUCGAAGAGUGCUUCAGCGUGCUGUUGUUACUUCAAAUAUUGCUCUGCACAAUUGAAAUCUGUUUCCAAGGUUUCCUGUUUCUCGAUGUAUUACUUAAAAACGAAAACGGAAUCUUCAAUUUUCAAUUGGUCUUCUUCGUCCUCUUUGUUUGCUUCAUCCUCGUUCACAUAUAUCUCUACUGUUACAUAGGCGAGAUGCUUCUCAUUCAAGGUAAAGAAAUGAGUGACUGCGCGUACGAGUCGAAUUGGUACAAUGUCUCACCAUCUGAGGCCAAGUGUCUUCUAUUCAUCAUGAACAGAUCCACUCGUCCACUCUGUUUGACUGCAGGCAAAUUUAGUACAUUUUCCAUGCAGAUGUUCAGUACCGUAUUUUGAAAACAGCGAUGGGAU